AAGUAUUGCCGGUUAAACUUCCUGUUGUCAUUUGGUCCUAUACCCGCUGCUUCUUUUUGCUUCUUUCAUUUCACUGUGCUUGCAGUAGGUCUGGAGUGGAUUUUUUCUAUGUGAACGGGCGAUUACUCGAUGGUUUAACACAUGCUAAUUGUCGUCGACUGCUUCGAAAACAUAAGGAAAUUUGUCAGCUAAUGCUAGUUGCUAAUAUUCGCUAGCUGCAGUAUUUACCUAUGGUGACAGCUGGGACACGGACGUCUCAUUAGUUAAUUAUUAUAUCCAUUAGCUUCAACUAUCCGGUGCGAUAAAACCACAUCAGGUAUUCACUUUGGUAACAACGAGCACAAUGGCCAGUCUGCUUUCAGUGCAAUGCAUUUCUUCUCUAAGAAAAUCUGGAAGUGUAAUUAAUUUGAGGACUGUUACACUUGGCGUCAAUAAGCGAAACUACAGCAGCAAAAAAGCGUCUUCAACCGAAUAUUUGCAUGAAAGUGUGGUUCCAUCGAUGCAUUACCAGAAGAGUUUACCUAGGCUUCCCAUACCAAAAUUGGAGGAUACUAUCAGGAGGUAUUUAGCUGCCCAGAGGCCUCUGUUGGAUGAUGACCAGUUCAGAGCCACAGAGAAACUUGCACAGGAUUUCCAAAGCGGUGUGGGGAAACAGUUGCACGAGGAACUGAUAGCCCAGGAUAAAAACAAUAAGCACACAAGCUACAUUUCAGGGCCAUGGUUUGAUAUGUACCUGUCUGCACGUGACUCAGUGGUGCUGAACUUCAACCCCUUCAUGUCCUUCAAUCCUGACCCUCAGACUCAGUACAAUGACCAGCUUGUACGGGCAACUAAUAUGGUGUGCUCAGCGGUGCGCUUCAUGAAAACGCUGCGAGCUGGAUUACUGGAGCCGGAGGUUUUCCAUCUAAACCCGGCAAAGAGCGACACAGAUGGCUUCAAAAAGUUAAUCCGCUGGGUCCCAUCCUCUCUGUCUUGGUAUGGAGCCUACAUGGUGAACGCUUACCCCCUGGACAUGUCUCAGUACUUUCGUCUCUUCAACUCAACUCGCAUUCCCAAGCGUGGGCGAGAUGAGCUCUUCACCGAUGAGAAAGGGCGACAUCUUCUGGUUAUGAAAAAAGGCAAUAUCUAUGCAUUUGAUAUCGUGGACAGGGAUGGGAAUUUAGUGAAGCCCGCAGAGAUCCAGUCCCACUUGAAAUACAUUUUGUCUGACCCGACACCAGCACCUGCCUUUCCUGUUGGUGUGCUGACCAGUGAGAACAGGGAUGUGUGGGCUGGGCUGAGGGACAAGCUGUCAGCUGCUGGGAACGCAGAGAAUUUACAGCUUGUCGACAGCGCUCUUUUCUGUCUCUGCCUGGAUGAUGAAAGCAUGCGAGAUCACAUUCACAUCUCCCACAACAUGCUGCACGGCGACGGCUGUAACCGCUGGUACGACAAGUCCUUCAGCAUCAUUCUCACCAAAGACGGACAGGCGGCCAUUAAUUUUGAGCACUCCUGGGGCGAUGGUGUAGCUGUGCUCCGCUUUCAGAAUGAGAUCUUCAAAGACACAACAGAGCAGCCUUUGGUACAUCCAGGCUCUGCUGCUGCUGCUGUGGAUUCAGCCUCCGCUGUGCGCAGACUGCAGUUCAAACUGGACAGCGAGCUGGAGGCUGGUAUCAAAAAAGCCAAGGAGAACUUUGAUUCAGCCGUGUCAAAACUCACCAUCGACGCCAUGGAGUUCAAAAGGGGUGGGAAGGAACAGUUAAAGAAGAGCAAGUUGAGUCCAGAUGCGAUAUCCCAACUGGCCUUUCAGAUGGGCUUCCUGAGGCAGUACGGAGAGACAGUGGCCACAUAUGAAUCAUGUAGCACUGCAGCAUUCAAGCAUGGUCGCACAGAGACAAUCCGACCAGCUACCAUACACACCAAACAAUGUUCACAUGCCUUUGUUUGCCAGCCGGGACAGCACAGUGUGGAGCAGCUACGGGGCAUGCUCAAUGAAUGCUCGAAGUAUCAUGGGCAGCUCACCAAGGAAGCAGCUAUGGGCCAAGGUUUUGACCGACAUCUCUUUGCCCUGCGAUACUUGGCCAACUCAAAGGGCCAAGCUCUGCACAGCCUGUACACUGACCCCGCUUACGCGGCUAUCAACCACAACAUCCUCUCCACCAGCACCCUCACCAGCCCAGCCGUGAGCCUCGGUGGCUUUGCCCCCGUGGUGCCUGACGGGUUUGGCGUCGGCUAUGGUGUCCAUGAUGACUGGAUCGGCUGUAACGUGUCCAGCUACCCAGCUCGCAAUGUCCAUGAAUUCCUGCAGUGUGUCCACAAGUCUUUAGAGGAUAUUUUCACAGUCCUGGAGGGAAAGCCACUCAGUUAACAACAGUGUUUGUCACAGAGAAUAAAAGAUACAGUGAAGGUGAAGGCAGUCAUCAUUCCCAGCUUCUGGUUAGUUGAUAAACAUUUCUGUGCAAAGAUACUACAAAGAUACUACAGGAGAAUAAAAUGAGAAUCACAGUGCCUCAGUUUAAUGUUAUUCAGAAAAUGAAUGGUACUGGACACAGAGGUUGGGAUAUUAAAGGUAUACUUUGAAUUGACUUGGUCAUCUACUUGUGGUGUUAACAAGUUAUCAUUGUAUCAAAAUUGAUGUGAAAUGAAUCAGAAAUUCCAAUGUAACUAAAAGAUAAGAUUUUUUUUAUCCCAGCCUUGAACUGUGGACACAACAUUAUGGUAUAUUGAAGAACUACAUCACACCUCAAAUAAUGUAGAAAUGAUUAUUUAAACUACUGGCCUUCCAAGUUUGUGAUUGAAUUGUAACAGCUAGAUAGCUGUCAUAACAGUAUCAUAGAAUCAUGUGACAUGUUCAGUUUUUUGUUUUAGACUUACUUAAGUAACAGUGUCAGCCAAGAAUCUGAGUACAGGUCACAAAAUUCAUGCAGGUAGUCUUAGCAGAUGUAGUGCAGAUGUUGUGCCUUCUAUAUGUGAAUUUCAGUGCUGUGGUUUAAAUUAAUUACCUAUGUCAGUAAUACCUUUUAUUUAAUUUGUCGUCAUCAUUUACAGCUUUAUUUGUGUGGUUGAAUGUAUUCUGAAUAAAACUCAAUUUGGUUAUUUGCUAAAUAA